CUGCGCAUGCGUGUCCGAGUCAGUUCCGGGCUGGGUGCUCUUGUGUUGAGAGAUCAACAUCAGGCAGCUGUUGUUUUUAAUGACAUUUACUGUCUGCCUGUCCUGGAAAUUCUUUUUACUUUAACAGACGUUUAAUCUGUCUCAACAUCGACGUUUAAAAUACUAGCUAAAGCGGACACAUAGCAGGAUGAAUUACAUCUGGGAAGUAGUGGGAAGGCAUCCAACAGGCCAACAGCCGACUGGAGCAGAAACAAUCCAAAAAUUGUGUGACCGAGUGGCUUCAUCCACCUUGUUGGAGGAUCGAAGAGAUGCUGUCCGUGCCCUCAAAUCUCUUUCCAAGAAAUACCGAAUGGAGGUUGGCACAAUGGCUAUGGACCAUUUGGUUCGUAUACUGCAGACUGACCGGGCAGACACUGAAACCCUAGGUUAUGCUUUGGACACGUUGUACAACAUUAUUUGCAGUGAUGAAGAGGAGGAACCAGAUGAUUCUGAAGAGGAGAACCAGCAAAAGCAGGAAGAUGAUUUGGGAGCUCAGUUCACUGAAAAGUUCAUCCAGGAACCAGAUAAUAUCACACUUCUCCUCACACUGUUGGAGGAGUUUGACUUCCAUGUCCGCUGGCCAGGUGUUAAGCUCUUAACUGCACUUUUGAAGAGCCAGUGUGCUCCGGUCCAAGGCAUCAUCCUGGUCAGCCCAAUGGGAGUGUCCAGAUUAAUGGAUCUACUUGCUGAUUCCAGAGAAGUUAUCCGUAAUGAUGGUCUCCUGCUGCUGCAGCAGCUAACCAAAGGCAAUACUGCGAUUCAGAAGAUUGUGGCUUUUGAAAAUGCAUUUGAGAGACUUCUUGAAAUUAUCACAGAGGAGGGUUCAAGUGACGGAGGUAUUGUGGUGGAAGACUGUCUCUUAUUGUUGCUCAACCUUCUGAAGAACAAUAGCUCCAACCAGAAUUUUUUUAAAGAAGGCUCCUAUAUCCAGAAGAUGAAGUCGUGGUUUGAGGUGGGGGAUGAUAACUCUGGCUGGUCGGCGCAGAAGGUCACCAACCUCCAUCUAAUGCUACAGCUGGUACGAGUGAUGGUUUCUCCAGUGAACUCUCCAGGGGCCACAGCCAGCUGUCAGAAGGCCAUGUUCCAGUGUGAUCUCCUCCAGCAGCUCUGCACCAUCCUCAUGGCCACAGGUGUUCCUGCAGACAUCCUCACAGAGACCAUCAAUACUGUGUCAGAAGUCAUACGUGGCUCUGAAGUGAAUCAGGACUACUUUGCAUCAGUUAACGCACCAUCCAAUCCACCAAGGCCUGCGAUUGUGGUUCUUCUAAUGUCAAUGGUGAACGAGAGACAGCCGUUUGUUCUGCGCUGUGCUGUACUUUAUUGCUUCCAAUGCUCUGUUGUUUUUCACUUUAUCUCUCAGGGUGAUAAGCUCAACCGGAGGUUUGCUGUUUCUGCCAUUAGUUUCUUACUAACUUAUUUGCUCAUUUCUCAGAUGUUGAAGAUGUGCGUAUCUCAAUAUAAAUGUGUAUGGCAGUAUGAGUGUGUGAUUAAGACCUUUAUAAUUGUGUGUUUUUGUUUCUGUGUACAGGGCAGUAGGGUGCAGACGAAGGUCGGCCUCCUCAUGUUGCUCUGCACCUGGAUCAGCAACUGUCCAAUAGCUGUCAUGCACUUCCUGCACAAUCAAGACAAUGUUCCCUUUCUGACGGGUCAAAUCUCAGAAAACCUGGGUGAGGAUGAGCGACUGGUUCAGGGUCUGUGUGCUCUGUUGUUGGGCAUUUGUAUCUACUAUAAUGACAACAGCCUAGAGAAUUACACAAAAGAAAAGCUGAAGCAGUUGAUUGAGAAGCGCAUAGGAAAAGAAAACUUUGUGGAGAAGCUGGCCUUUAUAACCAAACACGAACUGUAUUCUCGUGCUGCUCAGAAACCUCAGCCAGCCUUUUCCACCCCAGAACACAUGCUGUUUGAUCAUGAGUUCACCAAACUUGUUAAAGAGUUGGAAGGUAUGAUAACAAAAGCAGUGCUUAGGUCGAGCGAGGAAGAGAAAAAGGAAGAAGAGGUGAAGAAAACACUAGAACAGCAUGACAGCAUUGUAACCCAGUACAAAGAGUUGAUUAGAGAACAGGAUUCUCAAAUAAAUGAGCUGAAGGAGCAAGUAGCAUUGCUGACUUCCCAGAAUGAAAAGUUGCAGAACACCACAACACAGCAGUUCUCUCAGAUCCAGCAGCACAAGGAUCAGUAUAACAUCCUCAAACUCAAACUAGGUAAAGAUAAUCAGCAGACAGGUAAUCAGGCAGAGGCAGCACAUGUGAACGGCCUGCAACCGGAGGAGCUGAGCCAACUCCGAGAACAACUUGAGGAACUGCAAAGACAAAACCAGCUGCUGCAGACACAGCUGACUGAAAAGGACUCUCUAAUAACCAGCCUGAAAGCUGAGGGAGUGCCAUCAGCAGAGCGUUCAACUUCAGAGGUCACAGAAUUACAAAAGGAGGUGGAGUUGCUGAAAGCACAGCUGCAGAGCCAGACCGCAGAGAUCACACAACUGCAGAGUGAAAGACAGGAGCUACUCAGAGGAUCCGAGAGCACAGCUGCAGCUCCAGGAGGAGACAGUGUCUACACAGAGAAGACUGCAGAGUUAGAGAGCAGGCUCUCUGCUCAGACAGCAGAGACACAAAAGCUCAAGGGGGAAGUUAAAACUCUUCUGGAGAGUAAGGAAUUGAUGGAGAAAGAACUUGCUUCAGCCACGAGCACAACUGCCAUCAUGCAGGCAGAGAAGAGCAAGUUGCAGCAGGAGGUGCAGGAGUCCAAGAAGGAGCAGGACGAUCUUCUCAUGCUACUUGCUGACCAGGACCAGAAGAUUCUGAGCCUGAAACAGAGACUCAAGGACUUGGGAGAGACGAUUGAAGAUGAGGAUGAUUUGGAUUCAAGGGACCAGUUUGAUGAUGAUGAUGAUGAUGAUGAUGAUGAAGAGUGUGAUGAAUAAAAAAAGUAUUGACUUAAUAGUGGAAGUGAAAGACUGCUAAUAUUAACCUGUCACUUACACGCUUAGAGAAAGAGAUUGUAAGCCUUGGACCGUAGAGCUUUUCUUCUGAUUUUUAGAAGAAUCACAUAUUUCUUUACUUCUUUAUAACUGCUUUUUAAUUUUUAGAAUUUAUUUUGCAGUGGACAAAACAAUCCAACUAAUUGAACCAGACCCAUUUCAAGCAUUGAAUAUAUUCAGAUAAUAAAUACAGAUUAAUACUUUCUUUUUGAUCAAAAUUCCCAGCGCUUAUGUUCUGGUAAUGUACAGUACAGGAUUCUGGAGAGCUGUUUGCACUAAUGAUGAAAAGGAGAAAAUAAAGAAAAGAUUUGCUUCUUUGUUAUACAUAGUGCAAAGCCACAGAGAAAGUUCAGUCUGUAUUUCCUUACAGUUUGACAACUUGUGAGUAAGUGUGAUGGACUUGAUGAUGGAUGGAUGUGUUCUGUAAGACAUGCCUUCUCUGCUCAGGUGCAAAGUGAACAUCUCAUUUAAAUUUUGUCCUUUUCCUGUUUUGCAUUAGAUUGCUGCCUGGUCAAAUGGCUGUUGUUGUUGUUGUUGAUGCUUUUUUUUCUUUCAUCUGUUCCUCCAUGUCAGCAGUUUUCAGAAUUGUUCAUCCAUACAUUCAUAUCUACAAAUGAUCAAACACACUCAACCCACUUUGCAUUACAUUGUGUUAAUACUAUCCGUGUGUUCUUCAGUAUUACACUCCUGAAGUCCCAUUAAAUGUCAGGAUGCUACAUUUUCAGGUUCCUAAAAAACUGGAGAGGUAUACUUUGCAAAAUUUAUUUCAAGCUUUGGUUAAUUUAUGGAUAAACCCGCCUCCUUAGAAUAAACUAUAUAAACUUA